UUCUUUUCGUUUUCCUUACUGGGCUUAUCUUUAAACCGGCUAUGAGUAUCCUUAGUAUUAUUUUUUUUUUUUAAUUAAAUACCUAACAGUAUAUCCUUGCUGCAAUCUAUAUCGGACUUGACGGUGUUGGAUAUUCUAUUUCUCAGCUUUGAUAUGGGGUUCAGGCAAGCUAGGCUCGGUAGGAUGGAAUGAUACACCAUUUUGAUUACGAUUGCUGCUUAACUUUUUCAUGGGCUAUAAACUGUUAGGAGGGAAUACAACGAUUUACUGCCGGGGAGGAAAGUCCAUCACUACUUUUAGAUAUCCCAGUGUCCCCGCUUUCAGAACGUACCUGGCUAGCUCAAUUAAUAGAGCGUGUGGCUCUUUGCAGUACGUGAUCACAAGGUUGCGGGAUCCUUUUGUAUAUUUCCCACCCCCAUAUGCGUCAAUUGAACUCAAGAGCAACCUGGCCCAUCCAUACUUCAAGUCCGAGUAAUAGUAUGGCGAUAGUGCUAGACUCUCAGUCACUGUCCAGCUCAUCCCUCGUCUUUGAUGGAAAUUUCUGGAAUCUACCAUCCUAUUCGUUCCGGUUACUAACCUGUUUUAAAAUAUCUAGACCAUUGGUGAAACUUACAAAUCUG